GGUCUAGUCGUUUCUGUGUGUCAGUGAUAACAGCGGCCGGGGCCAUGGAGACGUCCCACACUACUUUGCUGUUGUUGAUGACAUGGGGCGUAUUUUUAGCCGUUGUUGUCAUCUCUCCGUAACAGCCCCGCUGCGGCGUUCAGUAUAAAGGACCGUUUCAAAAUGCAGUUGUACAACAGUGCGCUGACACACUACCCGAGGUCGUCUCGCAAAGUUACAAUAACUUUGUCGGCCGCGUCCGAGCGCUUGAACGGGACCGCACCGAGUUCCCCCGAGGCGGACAGAACGAGCUUUACGCAGCCGGACGCAACUUCAGCCGCUGGCCGUGAUCCGGUGAGGGACGCCUCGUCUUCCGCAAACAUGCCUGCCUUUUCGUGUUACGAAGCCGCAUCCAUGAGGCCACUUUACUUCACGUCGACCGCUGAGAUAUUAAUCCGCAGACCCGAUGGAGUGGAGAGGUCCGUGCCUGUACAUAUCAUGAGGGAAUCCAAAACCAAAUCACCCUCUCCUCUGCCACAUAACGGUGAAAAUGUCCUCUGUAAUGACUCUGAUGUGUUAGUGGACUUGAUAGAUCAUCUGAGAAAUGGGACAGAUGAACUUUUCCCCGAUUGCCCCGAACUGGUUGGAAAUAACCUCUUCGACAGGAGCAACAUCAUUGAACCCAGAAUAGAAGGAUACAAGAGGAUGGUGGGAAAUGCAGCUGAGGACGAUGCAGCGCCUCUGACUAAUGCCCCCUUCAGAAGGAAUGGAUGGGCCUCAUUACGUGAAGAGGAGCUGGUUCCACCCAGAGCGGCUCAGCGUAAGGGCCUCAUCAAGGAAGAUUUUAGUGAUAUGAGCGGCGUCAAAGCUGCAGAAGCGUCAGACGAGAGACAGGGGUUUGAGCUCAGUGUUCUGCAGGACGCUCCUCAGCAGAGGGGCCGAGAGAAGGCGGACAUCAACGACAAAGUGGCCCGCUACCUGGCUGAAGUCGAGAAGCAGAACAAGUACCUCCAGGAGAGGCACAAGUACAGGUACCACAUCAUUCCAGAUGGCAACUGUCUGUACAGAGCUGUGUGCAAAGCCACAUACGGGGACCAGGCGAGACACGGGGAGCUGAGGGAGCAGACGGUGCACCACAUCGCCGACCACCUGGACGAGUUCAACCCCAUCAUCGAGGGGGACGUGGGGGAGUUCCUGAUCAACGCGGCACAGGACGGCGCCUGGGCCGGCUACCCCGAGCUCCUCGCCAUGAGCCAGAUGCUGAACGUCAACAUCCACCUCACGACCGGGGGGAGCUUGGAGAGCCCCACCGUCUCCACCAUGGUGCACUAUCUCGGGGAGGAGGACGCUUCCAAAGCGGCCAUCUGGCUGAGUUGGCUCAGCAACGGCCACUACGAUGUUCUCCUGGACAGGUGCCUCCCCAACCCAGAGUAUGAAGACUGGUGCAAACACUCACAGAUGCAAAGGAGGCGAGACGAGGAACUCGCAAAGUCAAUGGCUGCCUCGCUGUCCAAAAUGUACAUAGAACAAAAUGGUUCUUUGUGAAAGAAAUGCAGUUUGUUGGGAAUUCAUGGACAUAUACGGUGUGACAGGAGAAUGCAGUAGUGUUGUCUCCGCAUUCUACAGGCUUUAAAUUAUUUUUUUUAUUAUUGAUUUGUACCGUGAACAAGAAGAAGUGCAGUGCACAUACUUUGGUUUUUGUAUAUGCCAGCAUUUCCAGGUUAGCAGUAGGCAUCUCCAAAAGUGUGUUUGAAAGUGUGUGAGCGUGUUCUUUUUGAUAGUUUGGGUCAUGUUGAUACGAACAAAAUACCUUUGUGGUGUUGGGAUACGGCUGUGGAGCUGCUUUUGGACUUUGCGGUAUUUAUUUGCCUUUUCCUGGCAGACCACUUAUUUUUCUAUUAUGCCUGUGCUUUGUUGGUAAUUGCCAAGUAUUUUCAAACCUGGUUUGCAUUUUUCCACAUAGUUUGUCUUUUUUUUUUUUCCGCUACUCUCUAUUGCACAAAAGUCCUAAAAGUCAGACUAGUUGAGAGAGUUUGUUCUGUGAGAACAGUUCAAGGGUUCAUUUACAGUUAUUCCAGUGGUUUUUAGAGAUUUGACAAGAUAUUUUAAAAUAAAGUUUUGAUGAAACAUGA